AGUCACAGAAGAGCAAACCACACCACUUCACAUAAGAGGAAGCCACAGCAGAGACUCAGACACGGAGAUAAUUCAUGAAGAAAGACAGUCGCAACUGGACACACAGCAAAGACAGGAUAUAAAGAUAUGACUAUGUAUCAGGAAAGCACCACAUUCACCCAGAGUACCUGGGAUAUCAUGGAGCUGAAUACAUAUAACCUCGACCACAACACCUCAGGUGCGAUAGAACUAAACACCACUACGUUCAACUCGAGUACCUGGGGUCCAAAGAAGCUAACCCCUGUGGUGUUUCUGGGCCUGUGUGUCGCUGUGGGUCUGCCCAGCAACAUUGCAGUGAUCAUUGCCAUUUUCCACAAAAUCGCAGGAAAGAACAUGAGCUUCACCUUGAAGCUUAUGCUGAACCUUGCCGUGUGUGACACUCUGUCUCUUUUGACGAUUCCCGUCUGGAUCUACGUUCUGCUCUGGGGCUGGUCUCUGGGAGAGCCGAUGUGUAAACUGUUCUCCUAUCUGGUUAACUGGAGCCUGUAUGCCAGUGUGCUGACCGUCACCUCCAUGAGUCUGCACCACCACAGCAUAAUGAAGAACAAAAGUACCAACCGGCAGCUGACGGAGAGGCUGCAGAGGCGGCAUAAGUGCAUUUGGCUCAUCGCUCUCUGGACCCUAGCGGGCGUCCUCUCCUUGCCCAUCAUUCCAACACGGAGCGUUGUUCCUAAAAACAGUGGUCUGAGAUGCCAAAUGUCUGGGACAGACUGGGAGAAAGUGUCUGUCCUUCUGUACGAGGUUCUGUUCGGCUUCGCCAUCCCUGCCUCUGUCUUGCUGACUUCUUAUCUGUGCCUGCACAAGAAAGUACCCAAGGCCAAUCUCACAAGUAAACGGAGGAUGACCAGACUUGUAGUUAGCAUUGUGGUGGUGUUUUUUGUGUUUUGGACUCCAACACGUAUCAUCAACAUCAUGGACAUUGUCACCACGUUGACUAAAAUCUCUCACCCUCAAACGUACAAGGAGAUGAAAAAUGUACGGAGGAUUGCAGGGGAUUUCGCCAAGACUCUGUCUUACAUGAAUUGCUGCUUGGACCCAUUCCUCUAUGCUUUUGCGUCAAGGUCCUUUUUAACAAGGCAGAGACGCCGCAGCAAUGGAGAGCACUUGCAGUUCUCCUCGCAACAGCCCAACAGUUGAGCAAAGCGUCUAAUCCAAAAACUAGCGAAUCACAAGUAUGACUAGGUAUGACCGAAAAUGUAUCACACAUUCAUCUAACCAAGCUGUUAAGAGAACUGUGCUGCACACAGUUGCAAUGCAAACCUUGGCCGUUUUGAGCAGUCUGUUUUUGGAAUGUUGGUUUAAACCACAGACUAAUAUUUCUAUGGAUAAAUAUACACCUUGGAGCUCUUUUUUCUGUAACGUGUAGUGGGAUUUGUUUAGAGAUGAUGUGUGAACAUGAGUUGUUGCUGAUGCCCACUGAGAACAGGAAGUCAAAACCAGAAAGACGUGACAACUGUUAUAAAGUUUGAGUCUAUUUGUAGUCUGUACACUUUACUUUUUUAAAGUGAAAUUGUACAAAUGUGUUGAAAUAUCUUGUCAAAUUGUGUUUUAUAUAACUAACUUACUCAUUAUUAUUUUAAUGUAUGUGGAUUUGUUGUUAAUCUCAUAUGUUAUUAAGUCACUCACAUCAUUCCCUCUGUUUAUGUAUAGUUGUAGUUUCUUUAAAAGAGGUCUUGUUAAGAAUAAUAGCAUAGGAGUAUAUGUUGCUUUCUGUUUCCACUGUGUGUGUGAUUGAAAUCCAGAGCAGUUAUUUUUUGGGUCAUUUGAUGAGUCACAUACGUGACAUUAUCCUGGUCUAGUUCCUCCUGUAAGUUCUCCAGUAUUGGGAAAUUAACCACCUGACAGAAUGUGAAAAGCAAUAAAUGACAGGCCAUGUUGAAUUCCUCUUACAUAA